AUUAGGAAAGAAAAAAAAGUAAACAUAAUCAAGAAAAAGGGACAAGAAGGGCCAGGAUUUAAUCAGAGGAUGUAAUAAUCAGCUUGUUCAGUACUUAAACCCCUUCUUCAGCUGUUGCUCUCUCUUUUGUGUUUUUAACUUGCAAGUUCUUGUAAUAUUCUGAGCAGUUGCUAGUCUGUAAAGACAACAAAAGACAAGAAUGUCUGCUCUCUUUGUUGUCUUUGUGGAGGAGUUGUACUGAGGCCAGGUCUAGCUUCAAAAGGGCGUUGGUUGAAAAUGGCAUUGUUGUUUGUGGAGAGUUUGCCACAGAGCAAUAGCAGAAUGCUGAAGGCUUCCAUUAAGGCCUUGGAGCUGCUGCUGCUGUCAGCAGGGCUGAUUUCUACUCUUGUGAUGGUGAAAGGGGCUGUUGUGCCUUACUCAUGUGAGAUUGUGUUCCCCAGCUUGGUGGGAUUCUGGAGUUGUCUCAGCUGUUUCUUGUCUUCUCCUCUAUACAUUUGCAUCAUGAUCAACUUCAUGAUUGUGUUGAUAGCUGCCUCCUCUGCUUUCCACCACCGCGAAAACGAGGACGAAUAUGGUGGAAUUAAGGUUAUAUUUGAUGACCAUGAUAUGCAGUUUGCUGAAUCAUUGGUAGUUUCACCACCACCGUCAAGGGAUGUCGGUGAAGUCACUCCGCCACCAUCACCACCUCGAGAUUACACCGAGGUGACAGAGGAACCACCAGCAACACCAAUAUCAACAACAGAAAUUUGGCCUAAUAGUACAGAAGAAAAUCUUAGUGAAAAAGCCACACUUUCCUCUCUUCAUGAAGUCCUCAUUGCAGAAGUCAAUGAAAUCAAGAAAAUAGCAUGUUCACUUAACUCCACACCAGACUUGUUAUCAGAUUCCAUUAAAGAAAUAAUGGUUACUACAGAUUUUCCUCCUCUUCCAAGAAAAGGGAAGGAAGUGUUCAAGGAGGAGGAGGAAGCAGCAAGCGAUCUCUCAGACUACAAAGAGAACGAGGAUGAAGACACACUGGACGCGACAUGGAAGGCGAUAACUGGAGGAGGACAGCAAAGGCCUAAGAGAGAACAGCUGAAAAAGAGCGAAACGUGGGACGUGCCUCCAAGAAGAAGCACUGCUUCGGUGCAACGCCUCGACUCAGAGGAGUUGCUGCCGUCAACCCCUAAAUGGAAGGAGCUGAGGAAAGCUGUGACUUUCAAUGAUGCAGUUUCUGUAACACGUCGAGGAGGCCUCAGGAGGGAUCCUUCGAUGAGCAUCACCGAGCUCAACAAGCAAUUUGAGGCCUUCAUCAAGAAAUUCAAUGACAGUAUAAGGUUACAAAGGCAAGAAUCUCAUAAAAGGUUCUUAGAGAAGUUCAACCAAGGACUCUAGGUCUCAGUUUUUCAUUACAUGCAAAUACAGGUAUUUCUCUGCUUCUUGAUUGUCUCUAUUUGACAUAAGAUGGCCAUUGUAAAUUAGUCAUCAGGAUCUCUACCAUCUGACAUCAACUACAUACAUGUAUUUGAAGAAUUUGGCAGUGUUCAAUAUUAAAGUAGGUGUUGUUGUUUAAAUUUCACAAAGAUUUGUAUAUUCUAAGUGCAAAAAUCCCAUUUCUAUGGCAGUGCAGCAAUCAUUGGUAUUCUUGUGUUGAGUUCUAUUUAUAACUUAGCAACUGUUUCAGUGUCUAAGCUAAAAAAGUUGAAAAAAACAGAGAGAUUGUCUUUGAAGGAUAUGUUGGCUCUCUUUGUCUGGGCUGGAUAAUGUUUGAUUAGGAUUUGACACUGGACAGGGACCU